AUGGAGGACGAAGAAGACGAUUUUUAUGAUCCCACCGACUCGGUCCCAACUGACCAGGUUCAGCAAAAUGCCUAUCUUGCAGCCCCGGGCCAAGCACACGAUGGCAACGAGGAGGAAGAAGAAGAAGAAGAAGAGGAAAUAGAGGUCGAGGACGACGACGACGAUUUCAAUAUUAUAACAGAGACACCUGCAGAUGCGCCUCCUCCAGAAGUCUCGCACCCACGCCAUGUGACCUUGCGACAAGAGCCUCAGAGACCAUCCUCAGCGGACUCUUCGGUCGUUUCGAAAUCUGCGACUCCGAUCACUACUCCUCACCUGGAUGUUCCUACUCCCGUCUCCGCGAGCGCCGCUCCCCCUGCCGCCCGCCCUACCGUCCCACAAAAACCAGGCUCUUCAUACCCAGCUAUUCACACAUCAACCAUUGAUAUCAAUGGCAAUCCUGUACACCCUACGAGUGGGAAACCGAUCAUGUCAUCUGACAUGGACAACGAUUUCCCAACAGACGAUAAGCCCUGGCGACGCCCCGGUUCCGAUAUCUCGGACUAUUUUAACUAUGGUUUCGAUGAGUUUACAUGGGCCAGCUACUGCCUGAAGCAGCAAGAAGUGCGCAAGGAUGUUGGUGACCAAAAGAAACAAAUGGAUGAAAUGCAAUCCUUCCUCGGCAUGGGUAUGCCUGGGAUGCCGAGUGCUCCAGCAGGCCCCGGAGCACCUGGCAAUGCCCCCCAAGCGAUGCCCGGGAUGCCCGGGAUGCCCGAUAUGUCUCCAGAUAUGAUGCAGGGUAUGCUUGCGGCUAUGAUGGCACAGGGACUUGACCCAUCCUCCAUGGACCCGAUGUCUUUUAUGCAGCAUGCGCAAUCGAUGAUGGGAGGACAGCCGGGCGCUGCACCCCAAGGUCAACCCGCCUUUGCUCCCCAGGGGCAAGCCCAAGGGUUUGGACAAGGAGGACAGGGCCAGAUGGGAUAUGGAGGCUACGAACAACGCGGGAAUUAUGGCGGAGGCCGAGGACGUGGAAGGAGAUGGUAA